UCAGAAAAUUCUCCGUUCUCCUUUUUGGCGCCCGUUCUUGGUUGUUUUUGUUGUUGCUUGCGGCUUGUUGCAUUUUCCCUGUCACAACUUCUAGACUUUGUUUAAAUAGUCAAAAUUUAACGUAAUCAUAUGAAAAUGUUAGGUGAAAGUGAAAUUCGUAUUGGUCGAUUUUGUUUAUUUAUCGUGGGAGCUAUCUAUUCGAGCCUAUCGGAAUAUUCUAACGGUGCCUUUGAAAUCCACGACGAUGAAAGAGGCUUCGCUGAAGUUUCCGGUUCGAAUAAAUAAUACCCGUUUCGCACAUUGUCGUUUAAAAUUGGAUUUUGGCUGAAAGUUGGGCGCCGAAUUGCAACAUUACUCAUUAUUUACCCCCCAUAACCGGUGUUAUCGUGAUUUACAAUAAAAAUAAAGAGGAGUUAAUCAGUGCUGUGGUGUAGUGUUCAAUCCAGCCGUACAACCAGUUCCUGUUAAGCGAGCCGCAUCAUGUCCAGAAAUAGGGCUGCCAUGGUCAGCGCCUUUCGGCUCUUCCUGCGACCAGCGACCACCACCCAUAGAAGUCUCGCCCUGCGUUUGGCCCCCGGCACCACCUUCGCCCUGCACUUACGGCCAUGUCAUGAGCUCCAGCAGCACAGAAGCUUCGCAUCCACGACGGAGGAUGGCGAAACGGACAAGCAUAAAAAACCGACGACGGGAGGUCACAGUUCGAGUCAGCAUGUGGACGAGCAUGCAGGAUGUGAAGAUAAAAUAAGAGAAAAGAAAUCGAAAUCCAAUCAAUGUUUAGUUAAGUAUCGAAAAGGGGAUCCGGGAACUGAGAAAGGUACCAAUCCCUGCAGAGCUCAAGAAUUUAAAGAAUCAAAUUCGGUCCCUGUCACUCUUAAAAAAUUUAGAAAGCUGUCACAAGUCACAAAACGAAAGAAGUCAGACUUUUAUCAAGUUCAAUCACUCAAGAAGAGAAUCAAGAAUAGGAAAAGAAAGAAGAAAUUGAUACUAAAUAGAAAGAAAAUGAAAAAAAAAACCUGUAAUGAUAUCACGCGACUCACUUUGGCCGAGCUGAGGACGCGGCUAAAAGCCCUCGGACUGAGUGCAGCGGGCCGAAAACAAGUCCUAGUCGAACGGCUAACAAGAUCUACUACCUGCAGUGCCACAACGUUGCCAAGAACAACAGGUUCCAAUUUGUCGCCGGAGGUGUUCAUUGGGGAGCUCGUAAAUAAUUCCAACACGACCUCUGCCCCCAAAAACACUGUUCAACAAAAUGAAGACAUCUAUGUGGAAUACGUGAAUGGCAUGCCACACAUGACUGUACGACUUCCCAGUCGCAAUGAACUCUGCCAGUUUGCCCUGAAACCCAUCUCCCACAACGUUGGAGAUCUGUUAGCCAUGCUCAGGGCUGAGGAUCGGGGCAUCGAUCGAGCUGCGGUGAUCAACAAGCAUGGUGUGCGAAUCGCGUCGUCCUGCACCAUCGAAAGCUUGCUGGAUGACUCGUUUAGCAUACAAAUCAACAAUCGCACAUUGGAUGUGAAUCCUCCCAAGCGUGACAAGGUCACAUUGGAGUCUAUGGACAAAGUGGGUGAUGUUCGCAAGGUUAUUGCUCAGCUCUACGAGGCAUUCAACGUCGGAGAAUAUCAGCUGGAGAAGAGCAAUCAACUGGCCAAAGAGCUGGAGACCCUACGCUAUGAACUAGAACCACUGGAAGAGAAAAAACUGGAACUCAGCAAAAAGGCUGCCCGUCGCACCAACUUUAUGACUUGGAUGGGUCUGGGCCUAAUGUCUGUACAAUUUGGCAUCUUGGCACGACUGACUUGGUGGGAAUACUCUUGGGAUAUUAUGGAGCCCGUUACAUAUUUUGUUACUUACGGGACGACAAUGGCAAUGUAUGCCUACUAUUGUGUCACCAAGAGGGAAUAUAUGAUGGAGGAUGUGAAGAAUCGCGAAUUCUCACUUUCCCUUUAUAGGAACGCCAAAAAGGUUCAGUUCGAUGUGGAGCACUACAACGAACUGAAGCGAAAGUCGGCGGAGUUGGAGUACAAUCUCAGAAGGAUCAACGACCCGCUCAACAUGCAAUUGCCAUCGCAUUUGGUUCGGACCCAGGAGAACACGCCACCAACCUUAACUGAAGAAAAGGCGGAGCGGAAAUAAACUUAAGGACUUCAUAGAAAUCGGUGAAGAGACAGGGGAAACGGAAACUCAAACUAAUUUUAGCUCCCUCAAACUAGAAAACGAAUAAAAGUCCGCCUUUUAGCUAAAGAAGUUCAGGUGAUCGAAAUGUUGUAGUCAAAGUAAGAAUUGAUUUUGUGGACGCAUCACAUGUUGUGUGAAUUCAACUUUAGGUUUUUCUUUACGUUAACUAAAAUGUUUUAGUUGUUUAUUAUAUGAUUAAUUAGCAUAAGCCACAGUUUGACGAUUCACACAAAUUAAUAAGAUUUACCGGACGCCUGCUGUUUUAGAGCUUAUACCAUUAUUUUAUGUUUAAUCUUUAGUUAUUUAUUGCAAGUGAGAGAUUUGUUUUACGCCUAAGGCAACUAUUGUGUGUGCAGUUUUAGCAAAAUAUAUGAAUUAUUUAUUGACUAUCA